ACUGAAACUAUUUCUGACUGUAGUAAUGGUAAUGAUAUCCUUCGAAUCGAUUAUAUUCAUCUAAGUCCAGAUCCACCGCUCAAGGGUAGACAACUAAAAAUUGAUGCGGCUGGUUAUUUGAAGGAAGAAGUUGGACAAGGUAGUUACAUUGACGUGACUGUAAAGCUGGGUUUAAUUAAACUUUUACAAAAGAGAUUUGACUUGUGCGAAGAAUCUCAAAAAGUCAAUAAACCUUGUCCACUUGAACAAGGAGAUCAGCAAUUAUCGACUACUAUUGACUUACCGAAAGAAAUUCCUCCUGGUAAAUAUAUCGUUGAUGCCCUAGUUUAUACGCCAGAUAAUAGACGUAUCGCUUGUUUAAAAGCGGUCGCCAUUUUC